CGGCAUCAAACAUCCUCUCGCUGCUUACUCUCUACGCUAGAGCUACUGGCAGUAGUAGUGCAGUCUUAAAUACGUGCCCUGACCACCCUCCCCCCCCAGCACACUACACCACCCCCACCAGCCCCGCCGCGAUGCAGAACCUCAUCCACACCUUUAUCGACCCCCUCCGCGACCGCUUUGCACCACUCACUCAUCAGUCCACCUUCCGCCAGACAGGUCAAAUCACACCCGAGGAGUUCCAAGCCGCCGGCGACUUCCUUGUGUACAAGUUCCCGUCGUGGAGCUGGGCCGAUGCAGCAACACCGGACCGCCGUGUCCCCUACUUCCCACCUGGCAAGCAGUACCUCAUCACGCGCGGUGUACCUUGUCGGAGACGUGUCAAGAACGAGCUUGGCCUGAAAGGUGCGGGUGAUGGCGAGGACCAGAUCGUGCGGGACAUGCUGCAAGGGCCGGGUGGGGAGAAGGGCGAGGAUGACGGCUGGCUGAAGGCGGGUGGUGACGAUGGCCCGGGCGGCGUGAGCAAGAGCGCCGAGCUGCGCAUGCGCGAUGUGAGGACGAUGGACGAGGAUGGCAAGACGGAGAAGGUGGAGGAAGAAGAGGAGAUUCCAGAUAUGGAGGAUGAAGAAGACGAUGCGGAGGCUAUCAUCCGCGAGACCAAGACUGGCAAGGGCGAAGAGGGUCUCCGCACCUACACCCUCUACAUAACCUACACACCCUAUUACCGCACCCCACGCCUCUACCUCUUGGGCUACGACGCUGCCAGCAACCAGCCACUACCGCCCAUGAGCAUGAUGGAAGACAUUAUUGGCGACUACAAAGACAAGACCGUCACCCUCGAGGACUUCUACUUCACGAAUCCACCCAUCAAGACAGCCUCCGUCCACCCUUGCAAGCACGCCAGCGUCAUGAAAGUCCUGCUCGACCGUGCCGACGCAGCUCUCAAGCUGCGCAUGGAGAAGGCGCGGCAGGGUGUCAAGCCAAGUAACGCGGGCAUGGAAGGGCUCGUAGACCAGACGGCUGCCCUAGAUAUCAAGAAAGACGCCUCGCCACAGAAGCAAGCGUCAAGCACAAGCGGAGCGAACCAAGGCGGCGACGGCGAGUGGGAAGUGCUAGAUGAGAACCAACAUCGACCUUCCGAAGACGAAGUCGCUAUUCGCGUAGACCAGUAUCUCGUCGUCUUCCUGAAGUUCAUGGCAAGCGUGACGCCGGGCAUCGAACACGACUUCACCAUGGGCGUGUAGCUACGCUCGGGCCCCCAUACCGACAACAUACGAAACAAGACGAACAAGAGGAACUACGAAAAGCUGAUCGAGAAACUGAGCUGGCGUGAGAAGGAAGCCCGGGACAUGAACUUCAAGAAGGACUGGAUCCAGCUCUUUCCGGGAGUAGACUUUCCGAGAGAGUUGGAAUGGAUGGAGGUUAAGAGGCUGUUUGGCGGCGGUAUCAUGGCUGUUGGGAUGGACUGAGCUUACGACGAUUAUUGAGUGAUGGCUGAAUGCUUGGGAUCGCGUGACGGGGUGGUACUAUGUUGCAUGGCGACCGGCGUUCUCAAGCAACUGCGGCGUUCCGGGUCAUGAAUUGCUUGCUUACCUGCUUGACCUUUGCGUCACCUGCGGAAUACCAUGCAGAGUGCUUGGAAUGCUAUACCAUUUCUUUUCCAGUCGUUUGGGUGACUUCUCAGACUCCUUUGGAUCGCAAACAAAACAUUCACUAGAUACAUGGCUAAGAUUCGUUCACAGG